AUGAUUAGACUAUCAGUAGAGUCACGUGCUUCGCAUGCUGUCUGGUCUGGAAGUUUGAGUCAUGUCAUCGGUCCUCUCAUUGCUUCUGAGGAUUUUAAGUGGCAUGUCAGGUCAAAGAGGAAUGAUGGCACAGUAACAAGAGAAGAAGCAGAAACGGCAAUCAAUCAUUUUCGAAAAGAUAAGAAGAUUCAAGUUCAACUCAACACAGAUAAAGUUCUCGCUAUCAAUGAAUCUCUUGAUAUCUGCUUCAAAGUGGAAGGCAGAGACGACACGUACAUGUUUCCAGCUCUCUUGCCUCCUGAGGAUCUGUCUGUCAUGUGGAAGAGAGAUUGGAGUAAGAAAGUGUAUGUCGGUCGACGUCAAGUGUGCAGCAGUCAGACGACCAUCUUCAGUCCAUCUGCAUUUGGCAUGUUUCAAUCUAAAGUUCAUACUACGUUAGAUCCAGAAGCAAUGCUGUGGAGGGAUGGACUGAUUGUAUCACAAGGCGAUUCUAUUGAUUGUCAUGUUGAAUGUUUGGUUGCCAUGGUAGAUCAUGUUCGUUCUGUCGACUUUGUAUGUCGUGGAGGUAAGGCAACAGAAGCAGAAUGUGUUUCCCUGCUCGACACUGUCAUGUCUCUUUGGAGAGAUAUGUUAGACAGAUACAGUCCAGGCACUGACUAUGAGACUGAAUAUCUGAGCAGAAAGCAUUUAGAGGAACACAAAGAACUGAAACAAGUUGCUGUUUACUCUGAGGAGGAAAUCAAGAAAGCAAAAGCAAUUGGAAAAGGAGCAAAAGCUGCUGUAAAACGAGUAGUUGGUAAUGAACUAGUCGUAGAAAGUCUUGGUGAAUUGCUGAAAUUAGGUUUCAGUCACCACGAAAUUAAGUCAUUAUGUCAUGACAAAGCGACUGCAGCUUCUAAAUUAUUUGCAAUUAUUCAAGUGAAGACUGAACAAGUCGGUGAUGUGAAGAAGAUUGAUGAUCUGCUGUUGGAGAUAUGUGGACUGUUGCCAAUUAGAAUUGAUGGGACAGUCAAAGAGGAGCUUGGAAUCCCCACAUGA